GGGCGGGGGAGCAUCACUUCGCCGCGAGCCGAGGAGGAGGAGGAGGAGGAGACGGGGCGGGCGCGGCGGCGGCGGCAGCCCAGCCCAGCCCAGCCCGGCUCCAUGCGUGCCCGGCUCUUCCGCGCAGACACUUUCCCCACUCGCAGCUCUCCUGGCUGGGAAGGAGGCGGCGGCGGCAGCAGCGAGGAGGAGGAGGAGGAGGAGGACACGCCGGGCGGAGAUGCGCCGCUGAGAGCGCCGGGCUUGCGCCGGUGGCGGGGCGCGCGGCUGCCAGGUGGCAUGGGACUAGAGAGCCGGCUAAGAAGCUGAGACGAUGACCACACACCCUUCUUUGGAGGCAGAAUAUCUUUCUUUCUUUCUGUGGGCCCAACCUGGAUUGAUUUGAGGACUUCAAUGAUGAAGCUGACCUGCAUGUUCUCCUUCAUCCUGCUGUUCGGGGCAGCGGGCCUUCUCGUCUUCAUCCACCUGCAGGAUCCAGAAGAAAUUGUCCAUCAGCAAACACCAGGAAUCAGAUAUAACAUGGGAUCACAGCAACCCAAAAAAGACUGCACAUCCAGCAACAAUCAGGAUGGGAAAAUGCAAGGAAAUGGUGCUGAUGAAUUCCCAAUGGCACACCAGAGGGCUUCGCUGUACUCCGUGCAGGACAGACCUAUGAAGCAUCACGGCACAGACGUAAAGCAGAACAUAUUGUUUGUGAUUAAGGACCAUCAGAAGAAAGGUGCAGGAGCCAAUUUGAUCAGGACUCAUAAACGACGGAGGAGAUUCGUCAUCCAAAAGAGCCCCAUCUUAAUUGCAAUGAACAGCUCCAAUCGCAGCCUGCCCGCUCUGAAAUUGGAGGACCGAAAUGAUGUCAAGUGGAAAAGUCUCUACAAGACCCAAAGAGAGAGAAAGCGGAUCAUGAGAGACACAUGCUCCAAAUAUAAGAGCAACCACAAAAGGAUAAUCACACCGUAUCAUGUUUCGAGGAUAUUUGUGGAAGAUAAGUAUCGGAUUUUGUACUGCGAAGUUCCCAAAGCUGGCUGUUCCAACUGGAAGAGGGUGCUCAUGGUUCUUAAUGGAUUGGCCUCCUCAACCAAGGUGAUUCAACACAACACAGUGCAUUAUGGGAACUACCUGAAAAGGUUGGAUGGUUUUGACCACAAAGGAAUCAAUCACAGACUCAAUACUUACACUAAGAUGCUCUUUGUUCGUGAACCUUUCGAAAAGCUGGUCUCGGCAUUCCGAGACAAGUUUGAGCACCCCAACAAUUACUACCAUCCUGUUUUUGGCAGGCCCAUUAUUUCGAGGUACCGAGUCAAUGCCACAGAGGAGGCACUGAGGACAGGUUCCGGGGUAACUUUUAAAGAGUUCCUUCAAUACCUUCUAGAUGUGCACAGGCCUGUGGGCAUGGACAUCCACUGGGAUCACGUCAACAGACUCUGUAGUCCCUGUUUAAUAGACUACGAUUUCAUAGGUAAAUUUGAAACCAUGGAGGAAGACGCCAACUUCUUCCUGCACUUAAUCAAUGCACCACAAAAUUUGACUUUCCCAAGGUUUAAAGACAGGCAUUCUGACGAGGAGCGAACCACCACCCAGAUUACCCAGCAAUAUUUCACACAGCUUUCCCCUUCUCAAAGGCAACGCAGCUACGACUUCUAUUAUAUGGAUUAUCUGAUGUUCAACUACUCAAAGCCUUUUGGAGACUUGUAUUAACAGUGGAAGAGUCGAGAAAAAUUGGAACACCUCUUAUGCAAGCAAGUUUGUGUAAACGUCAUUCCAGCUGUGCCCACUGGCAAAUAAGUGAAGGGCAUCUACACCACAGACUUAAGCUGACGAAUCAGUCAUUCUCUCUCCCUAGGGAACCCUGGGAAGUGUAGUUCUGUGGGGAGGGAUCUCUAACUAAGAAUUCCCAGCAACCUCCUUAACCUGAGGUCCCAGAGCAUGGUCCAAAGUAAUACGAUACGGCCACCUUGCUGAAGCUCAGCAGGUCUUGGUGUGGUCAGUGCUGGAGGGCACUGCAUCUGCUUUGCAUGCAGAAGGUCUCAGGUUCAGUCCAUGGGGUCUGCUGCCAGUCAGUGUAGACAAUACUGAGCUAGAUGGACCAAUGGUCUGACUUGGUAGAAGGCAGCUUCCUAUACUCCCAAUUUUCUUUGCAGAGAAGUCACGAGCGUUAACUGGUAUAAAACCUGCACAGGUGUGUAGUGUAGAUCUGCCCUACCUGAACUCCCUCGUUCAGGACUUGAUUGCUGAUACUCUUUGGAAGCACAACCAAUCCUACUUUGUCCAAGGAUCGCCAGUGAUCUCCAAUAUUGCAACAACACAUCUCUCCAUGUGUUUUAAAAAGCUCUUAUUGAGAAACAAUUGACCUGAUCAAAAGAGGUCACUAUCAACCAGGGGAGGGCUGGAGCUCAAUGGUAGAGCCCAUGCUGGGAGCACAGAAGGCCCCAGGCUCCAUCAAGGGCAGGUUCUCCAGCAGCCAGGUAGGGAUGUGAAAGAGCCCCCUCUCUUAAACCCAGGAGGGCUCUUGCCAGUCCCUGCAGCCAUGACAGACCUAGAGGACCCAUGGCCCAAGGCAGCUCCCUAUCUCCAGAUUCUUAGGCUUUCACAGUCAACGGGGGAGGAGCGUCAGUUGUCUGUGCCUGUUUGUGGUAUCCGCUUGGCAGUUCGAAAGGAUCUUUUCCUUUUUUCCCCCCCACAGCUGCAGCAUUAAAAAAAAUGAAGAUAGACCAUAACUUGCAAUUUGUGGUGUUUACCUGUGCACCUUAACUGCCUCCAUCUCAUCAUAAUUUUUUCUAUAAUUUCUACAUUUGGUAUAUUUAUACAUCUCCUGGCAGGGCUCCUAAUAAAGCACAUACGUUUUUCA